UUGCAGAUUUGCAAUAUUCAGUAUCAAAUUACUAUCAGUUGAACAAAAAAUGAUACUUUUCGUUUGGUCACUAGUUUCAUCGGCCAUUGAGGCUGCUCGAAAACGUCAUAUUGCUAAUUUCCUUCGUGCCUUACUUGCUCAACAACGGGUUUCUAGAAACUAUGAAAUGCUCAUAUGGAAAACAAUUAUUAAAUCUUCACAAUAUUUAUCAACUCAAAGAGCCAGUUCAUCGAGAUUGUACCGACCAACUAGUGAACCAAAACUCGAUUCGACACUUGUCUUGCAGACUGAUUUAAUACAAGUUUAUGCCGAAAAAUUCGAAACGCUUCGUGCCAGCGAAUGGAGAUUUUGUCCGUCUUUAUGGCCUUGUGAAGAGGAUUCAAUAUACUUUGUAGUACAUGAUGAAUUCAUGGAAAAACGACAAAAAGAGCCAGGAGGAGAUGAAAAAUUGGAACCAAACUAUUUUAAACUUCACGAAAAGUGUGAUCGAUUGGCAGUUCACAAAACAAUGACCCGAUGCUUAUAUGCUUGCUCAUUCGAUAUGUUCAUAGAUGUUGUAGAUGCAUUUUCUGAAAAGUUUCUCAUUGACGAAAACUUUCAAGUUACCAAAAUUUUCAGCAUGUUUGCACCGCCACAAGAAUUAGAUCGAUCGUCAACGUCAUCUCUCCGACCCGAAAUGCGAACUUCAACGUUAUCACUUGCAUCGAAUUCUCUCCUUCCGAGACCUCUUCCAAUUUUACAGCAUUUGUUCUGGGGAGAUCGUACAGGAUCAACGAAAUUCUCGACUAAUGAUCGAUAUGGAAGUGAAGGAAAUUUAGACAUGUCCCCGAGUCGACGACAUCCAGGCCGUCCAUCAUCAUCUGCAACAAUAUCCAAUUCAGCCAGAAGACGUCGUUAUCGUUCUUGUAAUUCACCGGAACAUCUUGAAUCUGAAUCCAGUCAAUUGACUCUUGAAAGCGGAAGUGAAGAAUUCCGAAGUCUUCCUCGAUAUAUCAGACAACUAAAUCAACGGGAUUUUGGAAGCCCUAGUAAUAGUAUUACGAACGGAUAUAUUCCUGAUUCCGUCGACUUCAAUAGUUUGCCCAGAUAUAUUCGUCAUCUGGAAAAGUCGGUUUGCGACUCAACAGAAGACGUUACUUCUUUUCGAUCGGAUAGAGCACUUCCAUCGUCUUCUUCCUGUAGUCAUCCUCCAACAACUUCUGAUUCUUGUACAAGUAGUCUAGCAGAAGAAGCAGCAUCGAACAGCGGAAUAUAUAAGAAUCAAAGUUCAGCAUCAAGAACUAAUUCAAACGGAUCAUCAACUGAUCGAAGGACACCUGAUUGUCAUCCAAUAAAUUCUGGAUUAAAAAGUCAUUUCACAAUGGAUGAACUACGUAUGAUUGAUGAAACCGAUUCGGAGACUGUCAAUACAGCAAGGGAAUUAAUUGAAGAGGAUGCUGAAAACAUUUCAUUUGCAAAACUUGCUUAUCAAAAUACGAACGGAAAUGCGGCAAAUAAACCUGAGAAGGAAAAUAGAAAUGGCUCCAAAUUUGCAAAUGGAAGUGUUACCAUCAAACUGGAAACAAGUGAUAAUCUAAAUGACAAGAUCACGAAUUCCGAUAGAACACCAACACCGUAUCCCCCAGCUGAUUCUGAAAGACCAAUAAGUGAAGCUUCCUCGUGUCAUUCUGAAUCUCCUCCGCGAGACUCGAAGCCUCCACGAAGUCCAUCUAGAGUUACGAUUCCAACAAUCGACUUUUCUCGACUUCCUCCACUUGCUCAACAAACUGCCCGUUCUAAACGAAGUACCUCUGUCGUCGCCAACAAUAACCGGCAAAAUUCCCAGCGUCGUUUCUCAGCUUUCUCAACGGAAAGCGAUCGAGGAAGAUCUGUCAGUCCUUCAUUUGAAUAUUAUCAAAAUCGAUCUCUACGCGGAUUCACUUCUGCAGCCAAUCCACAUCGCGUCGCUACUCGAAAUUCCACAGUUCGUCAAGUACCACUUUACCAGUUCCUGACAUCAAGAAGUUCAUCAUUCAAGGCAAUGUGUAAACCGAACUCUGUUCUCGUAUAUACCGGAGGGAAUGAUAGUCUUUAUUCUGAUAUCCGUCAUCGAUUAUCAUUUCUUUUACCUCCAGAUGAGAUCACUGUUUUUAAUGUGUCAAUUCAAGCUUUGAAAAAACAGCCAUGGGCAGAAAAAUCAACGGUUUGUGUAAUACUUGCGUCUACGAACGAUUUGGACGAUGAAGCAUGGGAGAAAAUUCAAGCAUAUUUCAAUCAAAACGGAAAAAUAAUUUUUGUCUGCCAGAAUAAGCUAUUGGCAAGUAUCACAGGUUGUGAUUCGAGUAAAGCGAACGCUUCUAUUCUUCGAUUUGCAUUUGGGAGUCAAAAUAACAAAUUGAAAGAUACAAAUAAGGAAUUCGUGAAAUUUCUUGAGAAGAAUAUGAAAAAGCUUCCGAAAUCGACAGCAAUUAAUGAGACUUUUCGCUCAAAAGAUGUCAGUGUUGGAGCAAAUUUCACAGUUGUACUCAAGAAAGAACCAGAUGCACCCUUGUUCUUGUAUAUGCAAAAUAACGGAAGCCUGCAUGCUUCAGCAUUGUUCUCUGAUGCAACAACUCAACAAUUGAUAGCACCAAAUAGUAAUUUACUGAAAGAUUCUCUACGAAGCGUAGGAGUAAACGUCUGUGACACGACAAUGCCUCCAUUAACCAAAGGAAUUCUUAUUGCUGAAUAUGACUCAAUUAUAGAAAGCAUCGCUGGCCUUCGAUUGGGCGAAGAAAUUGGUUUACAGCCGCGAAUUCUGCUCAGGAAAAGUGAUGUUGUAGAAGAAUUAGGACUUCCUGAAGCUACUGAGAAGCUUCUUCCAAUCGAGGUGGUUAACCGGGAUUCUGAUGCUGGAACCAGUAAAAAUUUUGACUUCAAUCUUUAUUUCGAACAAAUUCAUUCAAAAAUCGGUCAAGUCGUACUGCUUGUUGAUGUAGCAACAACUACAAUGGAUAUUAUUGAAAGUGUGAAUGCCGGAAUUCCAUCACUCGAAAGUGUAGUUGUAAUUGCAAAUCGUCAAAUCAGCGGAAGAGGACGAGGUGGAAAUGAGUUCCUUUGUCCACGUGGGAUGGCAAUGUUCAACUUUUCUUUUUCUAUCUCAAAAAAGAGCAGAAUCGCAAAACAUCUUCCAAUUCUCCAGCACAUUUUCUGUGUGGCACUUGUUGAAGCAGCACGGAAUCUAUCUGGAUAUCCAGAGUUUCCACUGCAUAUCAAAUGGCCAAAUGAUCUGUAUUGUGAACGAUCUCAUAAAGUUGGUGGAAUGCUUCUUCAGUGCAGUACUAGGGAUGAUUCAUUCCGAGUCAGUAUCGGAUGUGGAAUGAAUGUUUCGAACGAUAAACCGACGAUGUGCUUGAAUGAUAUGCUGCCUAAAGAAGCCGAAACACGGAUUACAAAAGAACAAUUGAUUGCGGAAACAAUAAACAAAUUCACUUAUUACAUGAAGGACUAUGAGGAUAAUGGCCCGGAAACCUUCAAAAAGAAGUAUCACGAGUACUGGCUGCAUUCACAACAAGAAGUUCUACUGUCAGACUUCAAUGAACGAGUAACGAUUCGAGGAAUCGACGAUGACGGAUACCUGCAAGUACGCAGCAAGUCCAACCCGGAUAAAAUAUUCUCAAUCGGUGAUGAUGGAAAUACCUUCGACAUGAUGAAGGGUCUAAUUCGUCAUAAAUAUUAGGAUUGUAGCGGAUACAGAUAGAUCAGUGUAUAAAUAAUUUAUUGCAU